AUGUGCUACCAAGUUGUCGAGCGCUACUCUUGUUCCAGCUGCGGUGAACGUACGACACGGAUCGCGCUCACUAUACGUGCGAGUUACACUCCUACGAACCCCAACCUGCCAGUCACCGUUGACUGUGCCAGCUGGAACACCAUCCACUUCUUCGAGCCGGCCUCUUGCUGCGACGGUGGGCAGCGUCUUGGAUACAACUCAUCAUCGGGACUUCAUUACAUACACGCAUUAUCUGGGAGUUUGGGAGUCAUUUGGGCACAACGGAUGGAUUUCGCAUCGAGGUGGACAAAGGGUCACAUUGACGCACUCGACAGCUACACUUGGCAGCAUUAUGCCCAAUAUGGUGCAUGCCUGUACAUGCGUCGGCCGUUUGAUACGUCAUCUACUAGGCUGGAUCCGCACUGGUGCAUACUAGUGCCCAUGAGCAACACCGCUCUUUACACACAUUCUUCUUACACGCCUCUCUCGCAACUACACAACCACGUCGGUGAGCGUAGCUCAUCUUUACCGUUCACACCUACGCAAGACGCAGCACCUGCAGCACCGUCAACCCCGAUCUUGCGCCGAAUACGCACUACACGGAACUCCGCAACUGCCGGUGAACCACUUUGGACGCGAACGCUCGGCGAUUCGGCGCAGCACCGUGGUGUAAACGGCUUCACGAUUAUUUCCACAUUGCCCGCCGUUGUUCGCCUCGAUGGCAACAAAUACGCUGCUUCUUCCACUACUCGGCCCGGCUUCGUUUGCUUCGCCUUGCCGACCAUGCUUGUUUUGAAGAUUAGGCAGCUUGGUGGCUUUGUCAUCCAGUCCCAAGUUGGCUCCUGA